CCCGCUGAGAUGUCAGGGUUGGAGUUGCAGGCGCACGGCGCCCUCAUCAAGUGCGAGGAGGAGGUGGAGCAGCAGCAGCAGCAGGAACAGCAAGAGGAGGAGGCGGGGACGCUCAUUUGCCAGUGGCUGGGAAGCCCCGGGAUCUGGGCGGAGACGACAUCCAUGCCACCACUUCCAGCGAUGCCAUAGAGGCCUUGCCAGACGCUCGCGGGAGCUGGGAGUGCACUGAGGAGGCGGUGAAGAUGGAGAACAUGAGCCAGGUGGCGGCUCUGCGGCGCCCCGGUGACGAGGACGGGGGCUACUCGUGCCCCAUCUGCUUCGAGGAGUUCCUCACCGAGCGCUCGAUCCAGACCCACAUGAGGAAGCACACGCGGCCGCCGCCGCCCGUGCGCAUCCGCCGGGGCGAGCGAACCCACAUCUGUACCACGUGCGGCAAGGGCUUCAUGCAGUCGUCCAACCUCAAGAUCCACGAGCGCACGCACACGGGCGAGAAGCCCUACAAGUGUACGACAUGCGGCAGCGCCUUCACCCAGUCCAAGGACCUCAAGCUGCACGAGCUGAUCCACACGGGUGAGAAGCCGCAUGAGUGCGCCACGUGCGGCAAGGCGUUCCGCAGCAUGUCGCACCUCAAGAGCCACGAGCUGAUCCACACCGGCGAGAAGCCCUACGUGUGCUUCGUGUGCGGCGGCGCCUUCACGCAGUCCAGCAACCUGCGCAAGCACCAGCGCAUGCACACGGGUGAGAAGCCGCACGUGUGCGCCACGUGCGGAAAGGCGUUCAAGCAGACGUCGUACCUCAAGAUCCACGAGCGCAUCCACACGGGCGAGAAGCCCUACGUGUGCUCCGUGUGCGGCAGCGCCUUCAUCCAGCCCAACGACCUCAAGUUCCACGAGAUGAUCCACACGGGCGAGCGGCCGCACGAGUGCCCGACGUGCGGCAAGACGUUCCGCAAGCACUCGCACCUGCGCAGUCACGAGAUGAUCCACACGGGCGAGAAGCCCUACGUGUGCUCCGUGUGCGGCAGCUCCUUCAUCCAGGCCAGCGACCUCAAGAAGCACCACCGCAUGCACACGGGCGAGCGGCCGCACGAAUGCACCACGUGCGGCAAGGGCUUCCGCAAGGUGUCCUACCUCAAGGUGCACGAGCGCACACACACUGGCGAGAAGCCCUUCAAGUGCGAGGCGUGCGGCAGCGCCUUCAUCCAGGCCAACGACCUCAAGGUCCACGAGAUGAUCCACACGGGCGAGCGGCCGCACGGCUGCACCGCGUGCGGCAAGACGUUCCGCAAGCUGUCGUGCCUAAAGAGCCACGAACGCACGCACACCGGUGAGAAGCCCUUCAAGUGCACCAUGUGCAAGAAGGCCUUCAUCCAGGCCAGCAGCCUGAGGAAGCACGAGAAGGUGCACGCCAAUGACUAGACGCUGCGGCCUGGGUGUCGGCCGGGCUGAGACUACCAAGAUCGGCUUCCCAGGACCGGGAUUAGCCCCCGGCGGCUGCAGACAUUUGUGACCUCACCUUGGCCCAUUUCCAGACCUGGGUGAGGUUAUGACCAUCGGCAAGAUACGUGGCGAGAGCAAGUAUUGAUCUUGUCAACUAGUAUUUUUAAUCAUUCUGGCUCCUUGCUGGCAUAGAUCAGCCAUCUAAGGCGCCAUUACAUUGAACACACAGAAUGCUAAAUCUGUGUUUUUUUUAUUAUAGCGUAAAAGCAAGAACACAAUUCCUAAUUGAAUUUCCCCAUCACCUUAACCAUCAUCCUCUUCACCACAAUAAGAAAGUGGAAUUAAAUGACUGAAGAUCAUGAUCAGAAAAUAGAAAGCAAUUGCACAGAAGUAGAACAGAAGUGACCAUGAAAUAGCGAUCAUGAUGAAGAACGUCCUGGUCAAGAACCCGUGAGUGAGGAUAGGGGGAGGUAGGCAGUGAGGAACGUCGUGAGCCCAAUGGCAUGGAAAAGUUGAAGCUUCGCUGCCUCUUGUGCCAUGACCUCUAACACCCACGAGUGUCUCCCGAGGUGACAGGAGCCGCAAAGUUAAUUGUUUGCACCAACGUAGAGUUUCCAUUGCGUAGCAUCACCUGUGGUGGAGCUGUUGUAUUGAGAUAGAGAAUAUCCAUUGAACGUUGCAAUCGUGAACAAACUUAUUCUAGAUUUCGGAUUAGUUCGGUCGUGCGUGUGAACAAGUGUAGAGAUGGAGAUCGGACCCCUCUUGACGGAUGUAGGAGUCGGACGGAGUGCAGUCAAAGCAAGGCACUCAAGUUGUGUGGAGCCACUGAACAAGGCAGACUUGUGAACAAUUUAAACUUGAGGUACAAUAUGAUGCAAUGGGGAGAGGCUGGGAUGAUCGAGGAGACGGGGAGGCAAUCGGCCCGGAGCAAUCGCCAAAGAUGCCCAGCAAACUGCGUCGUGAAAGGAGGAUUAUCGCUGACGUGUUGCGUCCGGCUGAAGGCGCUGCGGAGCCCGCAUCGAGAACUGAGCAGCUUCACAUUCAUCUGACUUGUCCAAAACUUUAUUUCCUGAGCGGCGUGAAACCGGGAACACCUACAAAAAUUUACUCUGAAGUGGGAGGAAACCAGUCACCUACAAAACCACCGGUGGCAUUGUGACCUAAAAACCUUCAGCGCCUAGAGAGGCAUGGAUGCAGACACGAUGAAGGAUGUGCAGUUUGUGUAUCUCAUCGGGUUAUAAAGGACUGCUACUAUAUACUCUAAGAUAGAACAUAAAGAGCGUGAAAACGUGCACAUUGAAAACCAUGACCUCAGAGUGACUAGGACCGCUAGGCAUCGAGCCAAACCCAGCGGCAGAAGUCGUGAAGCCGCCCUCCUGGGCAGAUGCACGUGUGGUGCCCAAACCACGGACAAACCGAGGGCACCCAGGUCCCCAGUUGGCUGCUCCACGUAACAUAUGGAGGGAGAUGAGAAUGAGAGGCUUCAGGAGACUCAGUCAGUGGCUCGGGAGUCGGAGUGAGGACACCGAGUCGAUGUCUGUGAAAGAAAAGAGCUUUAACUCAUCGGAUUCCUCUAGUAUAAAUAGAUAUUCUGAUUCUAAGUUGGUGCUGGUGUGUGUGGAACCAUUGGAGCUCAUGGAGAAGAGGUGGCUCCAGGCUCUCUGGGUUUGUGAACUCUAGUGGGAGCAGCUGGAGGAGGAGCAGUAGAAGGAAAAGGAGGAGCUGUGGAGGCUCUAGAUAGGAGCCUCGGCGUGGGGAUAUGGGCCGCGGUGCUCAAUGUCAUCGGACGCGCCGGGGCCGAGAGCCGGAGUCGACUCUCGCACCGCCGUGUGAACGGCUCCCAGCGUCUGGUAGAAUGCCGCUCCCCUUGGGGCCAAACAUCGAUCGCCCCGGCUGCUUCACACUGGCAAUAAUGUCCUUCAAUUUCAGCGUGGAGAAGCGCAUCUGCAGAAUAGUUAUGGGAGUGCCACCAACUUCAUGGCUGUGACAUCCAGUGUCGAAUAAGGUAACAUCCCUUGGUGUCCUUGUGGACAGCGAACUGACAUUCGCCACUCGCAUCAGGCGCCUGACUCUAGACGCUGCUUCUACCAGCUUCGACAACUGCGCACAGUCCAUCGUGCUCUGUGGAGACUGCCAGGAUGCUCGUCCAGGCAUUCAUCAUCUGCCGCAUAGACAACUGCAAGAGCAUCUUCGGCUCUGCCAGCGCUGUUCGUCUGCGGCCGCUUCAGUUGGUGAUACGUGGUGAGCUGCACUGGCUACCUAUUAAAUACAGGAUUGUGUAGAAAUUAUGCUUAAUUGUCUUCAAGAGUCUUCAUCAAUCUGAUCCAUCCUAUCUUACCAGCUUCAACAUACCCAAAUCGACUUUGACUACGAUCCGCGGCUCUGGGUGACCUGCUGCUGUACCCGCGUGUAAAUUGUGUGUGAUACGGCCAGCGCAGUUUUGGGAUCUCCCGGCCAAAGACGUGGUACACACUGCCAGCUCAUGUUCGAGAUUCAUCCCUGAGUCGGAGCCAGUUCUGCAACAGACUCAAAACAGUGUUUCAGAGAGCCUUCUGCAAUGUGUGAUUAAUGCACAUUCGUGAUGGACUGGACUCAUAAGAGUGGGCAAUAACAAACGUUCUUACUCUGAUUAGCACGGUUGGCUACGUACGGUGUGAAAUAAGUUAAACGUACAUAUACAUACAGGCUUCGAAAAGGAUGACGAUAACGUCAACAUCGCCUCAAGCCCGCUGAGUAUAGAGGAGUUGUGUCCUGUGGCAGGGAUUGUGGUGAGAGGAUUUCCCAUCCGCUGUAUUGGGGCAAGCCAAAGCAGAGAUGUCGAGUACGGGCAGAGGGGUAGAGCGUUUGGCUUGCGAUGAAGAGGCUGUGUGUUAACUCAAUCCUCUGGCCAAUGUGGCCAUAGGAUUGAUUUAACAACUGUAGUCUGGUUUAGAGAAUGAGGUCCUGUUAUGGAAAAGUGUAGUUUCCACAUGUCUUUAUAGAGGACGCGAGUGUGACUUCACAUGGACUUUGAUGUCCCGGUGACUUGAUAAGCCACACUACAGGUAUGAACCCGUGCAAACAAACCAACUGAGAAGGGGGACCCUCUUGCAAAAGAGAGCCUGCUGCGGCGGUGGUGGUCACUGUACGGGGACCGAUGAUGGACAUUGCUGGAGAGAGAUGGCGUUUCGGUGAGUGGCGAACGUCUUGGAUGUGGGUUGCUUGUUCGCUUCUAGUUUCCCAGUAGUCAUCGGGGCCACUACAUAUAGUAUCGUCGCGGAGUCCCAGCCUUCACACGCACGCUUGCGCCACAUUUUAACCCAUUUCCUGCGUGACGGCUGGGCAUAGGAGGGGGGGGCGGGGGUAUGGCAGGGGUGAUUGUAGUGGAGGGGGGGUGGUGGUUUUAGCCAAGGGGAUUGACCAGUAGCGCCUGGGUCAGCGUGGGGGUCGUGGGGACUAAUGGGGUUGAAGGAUCGCGAGCCGCUGCUCAUCUGCACCUGGGAGACAGAUGGUGUGCAGUCGUGCAAUGUGCUCCGGUGUAUGCAGGCAGCGUGUAGUCUUAGAAAUGUUCUUUAUUGAUGUUGGUCAAAUGUAGUGUUGGUGUAUUUUUAAUGCUUUUGUUGCGCUGUGCUGCGUCUAGAGUAGUGCUUGAGUGCGGGAGUCGCGUGUCCGUGAAUUUGGGAGUAAAAACAAACUUGGCUCAACAUGA